GUAGUUGGUGAGGAACAGGUGGCAAACGAGCGCACUGCGCAGGAAACAUACCUGCUCGUGGAAGGCUUCCCCACAAGCUGGAGCGAGGCUCAAUUGCGCGCCACCUUCCUGGCCUUCGGUGGCGUGGAGAGGCUGACAUACGUGCCAGAUUCGAGGUACGGUCGGGUUGCCAGACUGGUGUUGAAGGAGCCUGACGAGAUGACGCGAGUGGUGCAAGAGCUCCAUGGCACGAAAGUCGGAGAUGGAGAUGUCGUAGAGGAGUGUGUCCUGAACUGUAAAAUCACCAGCGCCGCGGUACAAAAGAAGGAGGAGGAAGCGCGGAAGCGCAGGGAAGAAAAGGAAGCAAGGAAACUGUACCGUGCCGAUGUACGCAAAAGGCGUGAGGAAGCUCGACGUGAAAAGGAAAAGCUCGAGAAAGAACCUAGAGACGAAGGUCACGACGAGAAGGACGAUGACGAGGACCGGGAAGAGGAAGAGGAGGAGGAGCCCAAACCCAAGCGAAAGCAUGCGGCCAAGAAGGUGGCCGCUCGCUUCGAGGAGGAGGAGCGUGAACGGGAAGAGGCUCGACGUAAGGAAGAAGAGGCUGAGCAGCAGAGGAGGGCGGAAGAGGAGGAGGCUAAGAAGGCGGCUGCAGCUGCUUAUCAAGAAGAGCUCAGGCAGAAGGCCAAGGCAGCAGCCGAAAAAAGAGAGAAGGAGCAACGUGAGCGCGAGCUGGAGCGUCAGAAGCGAGAAGAAAAGAGGAGGCUUUGGGAGCAAGAUCGCAUGAGGAGGGAGGAGGACAGGCAACGAAAAGAGGAGAAACGUAGGAAGGCGGAAGAAGAGCGGCUGCGUCGAGAAGAGGAGGAGAGGCAGAAGCGCGCCGAGGCGCGCGCUGAGGCAGAAAGAAAGCGAGAAGAGGAGCGCCUGAGAAAGGAGGAGAAAAUGCGAAAGUACGAGGAAAGUCGUAUGAGACGCGAGGAGGUCCGGACGCGGAAUGAGAUCCAGCGAGAGCUCUGGGAGGAUGAGUGCAUGAAAAGAGAAGAGAAGCUUCAGCGUUGGGCAGAAGAACAGAUGCGCAUCGCCGCCGAGAAGAAGAGGAAGCUGGAGGAAGAACGAAGACGAAAGCAUGAAGAGGAGAUCCGCAAGUGGGAAGAAAAGAGGAUGAGACGGGAGGAAGAAAUGCAAAGAAGAGCCGAAAAGGCAGCCAAACUUGCCGCGGAACGCAAGCGUGUGAGAGAAGAAGAGAAGGCACGCUUGCGCGAGGAAGAAAGAAAACGCAGAGAAGAAGAAAUGCGAAAAUACGAGGAAAGCCGGAUGAAGAGGGAGGAAGAGCUUCAGCGAUGGUUUAUCAAGGUUUUAGAGGCCAGAGACGCCGCAGAACAACGGAAGCAGGCACGCGAGGAGGAGAGGAAGCGGAAAGAGGAAAAGAUGAGGAGGUGGGAAGAAGACAGAAUGGCCAGGGAGGAGACGCGACAACGACGGGAGGAAAAGAAGCGAGUUCGCGAGGAGGAAAAGCAAAGAAAAGAGGAGCAGCGAAAAAAGAAGCGCCACAAGCUGGGCGAUGGUGAUGCAUGGAAGGAGGCAGAUGUGGCUGGCUGGGCAGCGGCCUCCAUUGCAGAGGAUCCACAUCAGGUCUUUCCAAGCGCAAGGCCCAAGCAAAAAGCGAAGCCGCGAGAACCUAGUCCGCCACUGGAGCCAGAUGAUGAAACGGACCUGGACAGGCUCCUUGCCGGGACCUUGUUCGAGGCACCGAAAGUGCAGAGUCGCUCAAAGGCUUUGGCAAAGCCCACGCAGCGAUUUCUGCCUAAGGUGACCGAGGAGCAGGAAACGGAGCUCGACCGGCUCUGCGCCUCGAGCCCCGAGGCGGACGCUCCCAGAACGAGACCCAAGCAGAAGGCCAAGCCAUUGGCAGUGUCCAGGCCUGAUGGCGAUGACACAGAGCCUCCCACGGAAGAUGAUGCGACCGAGCCCCCGAGCGAUGACGAAGCCAAGAGGGCGGAUGCUGAGCCUGAGCCGACCUCCAUGGUCGACACCGAGGCUGAAAGCGAAGCGGAAGCGGAGCCCGAGCCCGUGGAGCCUGCGCAGGUGCCCAGCGCGAGGCCCAAGAUGCGGGCGCGCUCCGCCAAGUCGGCGGAGGAGCUUUAUGCAGAGAAGCAGCUGGAAGCCAUCUAUCAGCAGGCCAGCAAGCUUGACAACGGAAGGCAUAGCGCUGAGGAUCUCACUUCAGAGAAUGGCUCAGAACCGGGCGAGAAGGAACCCUUCAGAAACAGCGAUGCUCGUAUAUCUCCACCUCAGGUAGGCCGCAGCAAGGCCAUGGCGAGGCCUCGGCUCCGAUCCGAGGGGCGAUCGCGGGACCAUGACCACCGAGACAAGAGGCCCAAGAUUGAAGAGGCUCCGGUGGAGCACAUUCCAUGUGCAAGACCAAAGGUGCGGGCCAGGAGCAACCAGGACUAUCCUUUCACGCAUCUGGAUGGAUUCUCCUGA